AUGCUCAAGUUUGUUUUGGUCGCCGGUCUCGUUGGCACCUGGGCCGCCCCAGUGAAGGAUGGUCUGGUCCCGAGGCAAGACGGCUCCUCCCUUGAAGACGAUAUUUUGGGACUUUCGAAUCUUGAUGAAGACCCGAACCUCUGGUCUGCGUUUUAUUGCGAGGGUGCCAACUAUGUGGGACAAUGCAUAACUCAGCAAUAUUCCAGUGGGGAGUGCACGCCCAUUGAACCUCCGCUUUGCGAGAACGUUCUGAGCUUCUUAGCAACGUCAAGCAAUUAUAGGGGUGAUGAUUGCACGGGGUCUGCUAUUCCAAUCUACUCGUCUGCGCAGGAUCUCCACGCAUUUAGGAAGACGAACAGCUACAGGUGCGGGUUGUCGAAUGCUCAAGUUGCUGCUCAACUCGCCACGACUCCAACCACGCCUGCUGCUCACUCCCGUGCUUCGGCUCCUCGGCUCUCUCUCACCUCGACGGAGACUGCAACGGUCGCUUCUGCACAGUCCUUCAAGGAGACUAGUAUCGUCGAUGCCCACGAGUCCCUUCAUGCGGCCGCUGUUACAUCUACUGUAGAAGUUGUCCCUCCUCCUAGUGAAUCCUCGAGUUCACGUAUGGAUGGCACACCUUCUACUGCAACUGCAAGGACUGUGACGAGCUCUGUGUCAAUCCCAUCCAUCUCUUCUACUGAUCGGCAUCGUCACCAUCGGCAUCCCAAGUAUGUCACAGUAACUGAGACAGCCACUCGUGUAGUUGACGCAUACAUUGCUCCUACGGAAACUGCGGCUCCCUCAUCGGUCACUAAUAAUCCAAGUUACGCAGAAACGAGGGAAGCCGCCCCUUCGCCGACCAGGGCUACGAAUACGGAAAUUGCAGCCACGUUUACACCGUCUCAUCGUCAUCACCACCGUCUCCCUAAGCAUGUAACAGUGACGGAAACAGCUACUCGCACCCUUGAUGCAUACAUCAUGCCCUCAGCGACACUCUCCGAGCAAACACUUGACAAAGUAUCGGUAGCUCCAGGAGUACCGGCGACGUCGACUUUGGCGGAUGCCCAGCCCCUCCCACUUGUGAGUUCGAGCGUUGGACCCCCAGCCUUGGAGGCUUCGGAGACGAGCCACGCCCCCACCGCACCUAGUUCCACAUCCUUGAUUCCAAGCGUGCACCAUGUAGCGGACGCUGCCGUACCAACGGUAUCAUUGCCCAAUACUCCGCCUUCUUCACCUUCCGCUUCUGUAAUCUCUCACACAGAAUCCAUCAGCCACCCGACUGUCGGUUCGGAAAACACAUCUGAAACCCCAUCUUCAACGAGCGACUCUGUCACACACACCUCGACGGGUUUAUCCUCUCCGCCUGAAGGGACAGGAGUGGUUAGCGGUCAUCAGACCAAGCCGCUAGUCGGCCAACCCAAGGGAGGAUCAGGCAUCGCAGGGGCUCCAGAACCAACGCAGUUACACGAUAUUGUACCCUCUCAAGCUUCUCCAGCGAUCCCGUUGCCCAUUCCAUCAGCCUUGACGACUCCCAUCGCUGACAAGCAAAGCGCCGCACUCCCUUCAGUAGAGCAUACUUUCACAGGAGUAGUAUCACUGGAUGGUACUCCCACAGCUUCGGUUUCGGCAAAGCCAGUAGGGCACGGCGAAACUGUGAACAACGUAACGCCUGUGCAAACCACUUCCCUCCCAACCCCUACACCGGAAACUACUGAACGUCCACCGUCUUCGGGCACGCCAAAUAAUCAUGCCGACGAUCUGCCACGCAGCUACGUGACCGCCCAUGAAACGCCGCUUACCAGCGCAGCGUUCUCACCAACGAGUGCAUUUGUUGAUGAUCAUACGUCUCCUACUGUCACCGCCCAUGCUACUGCUUCAGUCGAAGCGCUUGUAUCUGCCCCCUCGUCUAGUGAUAAUGUUGCACCUCCCACUCCCGCCUCUACCUCUACCACUCCUGCGUCCACUGAGGCACCUAUAAUACCCCCGGCGUUGAAUAAAGGGGGCUCCACUCUCCACGCUGUUCUCACAACUGACCAAGUCACCGAGGAUGUGAAGACGACGGACGCUCACCGGAUCGCAACUCCGACCAUAACUUCGAUCUUAACUGCUUCCACUCGCAACAAUGAAGGUCUUAGAGGAUCUCACGAGGACGGCCAUAGCCAUUUACCAGUAGACAGCAGCGCUACGAUCGCGGAAGUCCCCCCCACCGCAUCUUCCGAUAUCCUCCUCAAAGAAUCCGUUACUACCAGCGUCCAUCCAGCGCUGACGACCGCGUUCUCUUCCUCCUUGAAAUUGCCGGUAGACAGCAGCACCACAAUCGAGAACCUUCCUCCGGUCUCCUCUUCUGGUGUAAUACUUAAGGGACCCGCCUCUGUCAUCGAUAGCGUCUAUGCUGCGUCGACAACCCCAUUUUCUUCGUCCUUGCAGGCGCCGUUGCCUAUCUCAUCCCCAACCCAAUUCUCUCAUGUGGCGGCAGAUGCUAGUACCUAUCAUGAUACCGUAUCAAGCGCUCUUGCAACCCCUAGCUCCUCGUCAAUACAGGCUCCAGAAAGAGAAGGCCCUGCAACGGUAACGACUCACGAGGUUACGGUCCCAGAUGCCCCGUCUUUAACAUCAUCGGACCUGCCGUCGACCUCAACGGUAUCUCACGCCUCCUCUCCAGCCACGGGUGCUAGUGCUGUUGCAGCCCAAAUACCCUCUCCCCAUACCUCCUCCACACAUCUUUCUGUUCCAGCAGCAGCAACGCCACCACCUCGUUCCUCCGAAGAUGAAUUACUCGCGACGGUGACAAUACACCGGGUUACAUCGCUUGGAGCCGCCUCAACUCACGUUCCUACGUCCGUUUCUGCAGGCUCAACGCCAAACACAUCUCUUUUAGUCAAGGAGGUGGGUGCCACAAGUGUGACUGUAGGCGCUUCAAGCACACUGAGUGCCCCAUCGUCGAUUGGGCCACCUGCAGUCAUUGAGGCAACUCAUGUUACCUACGAUGCGCCUUCGGCAGCCUCCUCUCUUUCGGCGACUCCUUCCGUCGCAAGCCACACGGAUUACGAUGGAGUUGCCUCUGCCACCAUCGACCAAAAUAUCGGCGGAGACCCUACCCCAGCGGCCCAACGGGCGUCAGUAGUGUCUCCUUUCACCUCGGCAGCAAGUGAUACUCGCGUCCCAAAUGCACCUUCACCUACCGAAGAGCCUGCUUCGUCACCUGCAACCACCAGAACGACCCAGCCAGAGGGCGAGACAGUUAAUAUUACUGUCGGCCGUACCACACUUCUGGGACCCAUCGCUACAUCUACAACGGCAAGCCAAGUUAUUAGCACCGCUAAGGUAUUACCAAUAGUAAAUCCAUCUAAGUCGCGCUCGACAUUAGCAAAUGAUGGUGGAGGGUUUACAUCGACAUUACCUUCAGACAAGGGAUCUAUAGCUACCGCCCCUCCGACCCCUACUAGUACCGACCGCGUCGCCUCUCGCCCGUCUUCUCUAAUCAGUCCUAUCCCUGAAGUGCACGCCAGCGACAAGGGACCUAGCUAUGCAACAAUACACGAACAUACUUCUUUUGGAUCCGCAGAGACUUCGCCGGGUUCCAUUCAGGCCACGCCUGCACCCGUAUUGCACCUCGCAAGUCAUAAAGGUCAUGCCAUAGACAAUGAAGCAACUGUGUAUGCGACUGUUACUUCGUCCACUCUGAUCGCAUCCAACUCGGCUGCGCCAACAACGAUCCCCGAGUUGUCUCCGGAAGCCCUUGCAACAGGGAAGUUGCGCCAUGUCAGCAACGGCGGUGCGGACGUGACCUCAGCUCCUAUGGCCCCUGAAGAGACUACAGUUCAUCAGCCGACCUCGAUCACAGCGUCUUCUACUCUUUCAGCUCCCAAAGUUUUGGGCGCGCCAUCUUCUGGAGUACUUGAUGGAUCGAUACAACUUAACUCAGGCACCGGCGCCGCUCACUCUACAACACUACUGUCACCCGUUACCACCCCAAUAUCUUCGUCUGUUUCUACUAGUACCCCAACUGCGGGUUCUGCCAGCAGCGAAAUAAUUCGGACCUCUCACCCGACGAGCUCUCAAGUGCUUUCCGAAGGUGAUCACGAGAGUUCCAAGGUAUAUGGGGGAACAUCGGGCUUGCCUACAUCAGUUUAUGAGCCCGCACUCACGACGACUAGCCUUACUGAGGCAGACCUACCACCAGUAAACCCAGCUAUUCCGACUGGCUUGCCUCGAUCCCAUGCUGUAGAUAACGGUAGUGGCCUCGGUCAUGUCACUGUUCAUCCCACAACAGGCUCAGUACCCACUACCGCAGUCAGUAUCGUUUCGCCAAAAGUCGAGGAGUCUGAGAAGGCUGUCGUUACCUCCGUGUCUUCAAGGGUCGCGUCUUCAACCGCUAGCGGCUCGCCAGGUGAGGGCCCUGCGUACUUCACUUCUCGAACGACAGAUAGUGCGAGCGCUACGCCAACGGGUGUCAUCCCUGAGGUGUCGACCGUUUCUCUACCUCCAACCACAGCAGUUUUGGCGAUCUCUACGCAAUCGAUUCAUCAGGAUGGAACUGCAUAUGCGACAAUUCAACAGAGUGUAACAGUUGGGGCCACAUCUACAACUACAUCUGGAACCCUCGCUUCUGUUUCCUCCCCUUCCCAUGUCGUAGACGACGAAAGUCUCGUCUAUGUCACCAUCCAUUCGACCAGAACGCUAGGUGCUCCUCUUGCCCCUCUAUCCACACCAGUGGCUUCCGUUUCAUCUGGCGUUGAACUACCCACAAUUACUCCUCCUCUAGCUUCAAGUUCUGUGUCUCCAACGCCUAAUCCAGAGAAGGAAAGUGUAUACGCCACUGCCGAAGCACCUACGACUACGGGUUCAUCUUUUACGGCGUCUGUCACCGUCACCCCCUCUACUGGCACUACCACUGCGGGAGAAGCAGAGGGUCCUGCGUACGUUACUGUCCAACAACCAUCUACAGCAAGCAAGACGAUCGUAGCCGAAAACACUGGUGAUGCAAAUGACAUUCCUGUGUUUCCACCAACGUCGACGCCCAGGACUUCAGCACUUCCGUACGUCUCGGCCGGAACUGCAAGCGGGUCUUCCGUGACUGUCACAGAGCACAUCGAAUCUGCCAAACUUGCCAUGACAUCGGUUGGAACGACACCCAUUGCAAGUGCAACUUCCGCUAGUCACAUUCUCUCUACCAAGAAAGAGAGGUUCACUACCAUCCGAUACGCAGGGAUCCGGACGUCUACUCCCACCGCCUCCGCGCCGUAUGGGAGUACCUCCAUUGCUAUCACGGCUGCGCCUGCGGAAUCGACGGGUACGAAGACGACGGUAAACACCGGCGAUCCAGACGAUAUUCCAGUCUUGCGGACGUUUGCAUCCACUAUUCCGACACCUCCGUAUGCAUUAGCAAGUGCCACGGGAACUGGUACAAUAGCGCAAGUUGAAUCUGCCGCUGUGAACCCAGCAGCGUCAUUUGAAACAACAGCUACUGAAAACGUCACUUCGUCCAUGAAGCCUGCCACCGGUGAUCGUACCAUCGCGUCAUCAGAGCUACUUGGGGGCGCAUCGACAUUUACAAGUACUAUUAUAGUCAUCCCCCCAUCCAGAUCCACAGGAACCAAGACGAUCGUGACUGACACCACAGACGAUUCAGACGAUAUUCCCGUCCUACCUGCAGCGUCGACGCCCUCUAUCUCAACUACAUCUGCUUCAUUCCCUGAGUUGGGAACCGGGCUUUCUACGACGGGGCGAGUAGAAACGAUAGGAUCUGUCGCGUUGAAGACGACGACGUCAGCUGGAUCGACGCCUACUCAAAAAUCGCCUGGGAUAGUAGGGCCCACCUACGUGUAUCAUGCUAUUACGACCACUCCCGCUACUUCUUUCUUGUCGUCAGGGCUCCCAGCAAGCCCAUCAGCAUAUACGAGUACCUACGCCACCGCUCCAACAACGCAGCCUACGGGAAACAAGACGAUUGCAGCAGAAGGUGCCGGAGACUCGGAUGAUAUUCCAGUCCUACCACAUCUGACAACUCCCACUGCGUCUCCCACUGCUUCACUAGCAGAACCCGCAACAACAACGACCCCCAUAGCUCAAAAUGUGGAUGAUUCGAAUGAUGUUCCGGUCUUACCACACACAUCAAGUCCUACCGUGUCACCUCUCAGCCAUCCAGUACGCGUCGUCCCGGUCUCCUAUACCUCCCCUGUAGAGACUGCGUCCCCCUAUGCUUCAGCGCCUACUAUCAGUGUGACACAUGCUUCCCUCAUCACAGAGACCGUGUCUUUGGCUGCCCACCCCGCAUCUUCUGCUGCCUCAUCGCCUGAGGUAAUCUCUGUCACGGCUACCACUUCAUUAGCUGCAGUUGCGGUUGAAAGCGAGUCUUCGGCCGUCUCUUCCGUCUCGGAGAUUACGUCGAAAGUCAAUUCCUCUCCAGUUGCCACCAGUACGAAGGAGAAUCAAAACACUCCUGUAGUCACCACUCCUACGUACAGCUCACCGGUCUCCGCCAGUGUAGAGGGUAUUCAUCCCAUCUCUUCCACGUCAGAGAGUGCGCCCGCCACUAGCUCAUCUCCGGUUGCUGCUGGCACUAUCAAUACUCAAGUUCAGCCCAUAGUAAAAGCCUCUUCCAGCAGCCUCCAGGUGACGUACACACCAACCUUAUCGCCCAUCGCUACUGCUGAGGAGUCCCAGAGCACUUCCUCCCUUUGGGAAACAACAUCUAUCCUCAGUCCGUCUCCAACCCCUGCCACCGUAGAGCAGUUGAGUCUUCCGCCCUCCGCAGAGACGGCGUCUAUCCAGUCGAAAUUCUCCGUAUUGUUUACAGCGACGCAUGCUUCAUCGCCGCGCGCUGCCGCUAUUACCACGUCAUCGCUUCUGGAGGCUGCCUCUACUCCCGUCUCCUCUUCAACUGCCCCCACCACGAGGAGUAGCACGGCGGCUGUCCCUUAUUACACCCAAAGCACACCAGAGAGUGCGCCCGUCUCUGCUUCGUCCCCUACCCCCAGCAUAACUGACACUCGAGUUCUGACCACUGUAGAGGCCGCCCCCAGCACUCCGGUGGCAUCCACAUCGGGAUCUACCUUAAUACCUAUCAAUACUACUAAGGUGUCCCAGAGCACGUCCUCCCCCAUACAGACGGCGUCUACUCCUAGCUCAUCGUCAGCUCUUGCCGCUACAGAGCAUUCGGAUCCCGUAGAGACUGUGUCUACUCCGUCAGUAUCGGCAUCUUCGGUACUGACUUCCGCGACGCCUAUUCCACCGCCCGAUGCUGCUUCUGUGGCCGUGCCAUCACUUCUAGAAACUGGAUCUAUUCCCGUCUCUUCUCCAGCUUCCGCCACCACGGAGAGUAGUCUUCACGCAUCUUCUGCUGUGGCCACCCCUUUGUAUAGCCGACCGCUCGCCUCAAGCGCAAGCUCGGGAGCCAUCAGCCCUACACCGUCUACGUCCGAGGUUGUGUCUACCCCCAGUUCGUCCCACAUCCCCGCGGCCAUCAAGGACACUCAAUUGCCACCCGUUACAGAGACCGCCACCCUAAGCGUGCAGUCUACACCCCUUGUAGCAGGGUCGACAGAACCCGCUUCUUCGCCUGCUACUGCUACCCGAAAGGAGUCCCAGACCACACCCUCCGUCCUAGAGACGGCGUCUCUCUCCACUUCAUCUGUGGUGCCUACCGCUACCGCCGUCGAGGGUAAACAGAGCGCGCCUUUCGGAAGUGCCUCUCCCGCUCCUAGUGCACCGUUCACCUACAGCGCGGAAGGGAUACGUCUGACAUCCUCCGUUCCAGAAGCUGCGGCUGCCCCUUGUUCAUCCCAUAGCGUUGUUACCAAGGACUCUCAAUCGCCGCCCCCCGUAGAGGUCACCAGCUACGUGACACAUACCCCAACACCUACCUCAUCGCUUGUUGAUGCUACCAAGGAUCAUCAGACUGGCUCGUCCUUCCCAGAGACCGCGUCUACUCCUACUUCUUCAUCAAUCAUUACCAACGUGAGCCUUAGUUCAGUGCAUCUGGCCUCCGUGCAGACUACGCCCAUCCAGUCAACAUCCUCCGGGUUAGUCACCGCAAUACCUGUGGCUGCUACUCCAAUCUCGACAUCCCCCGAGGCCAUCUCUUCUCCCGCCCCCGCCCCAGCGGCUGCAAGCUUCAAGGACCGUCUUGCAUCUCCCGUAUCUACCCAUGCUUCGGUUCCUACUGAAGCGACCGUGAAGGAUACAAGCAGCCCUAUUGCGACGGACGCACAACCGACCCUCGCAGUGCUCACCACGCCCACACCCUCCGUCACGACGCGCUCAGACGCGACCCCUGCCCCUACACAUACCCACCACCAUAAUCAUCACGACGAUGAGGAAGAGGAAAUAGUCUACGUCACGAUUGUUACGACGACCACAGUAACCGAACCAGUCUGCACAACGACAACUUACCCGACGGCGACUGUGACGCAGACGGUAGUGACCCGCCCCGGACUUGAAGUUGUUCAGCCCACAGGGCUUCCAUUAGCCUAA